GUCACAUACAAUAGACCUCCCGCAGCAAACUACUCUUACGGCAGCACGUCGCCACUGAUGUCACACAGAGGCCUGCUGCACAACAACUCGCUGACCGGCGACCACGACCGAGACCUGACACCGUCAAGAAUAUCGCACUGCAGCGACGACUCGACCAGCUCGAGCAGCGGUGGUUGCGGAGUGCCCGCCGACAGCAGUAGCGAGACAUCCGAAGGCGAGUUCGCCAAGACACCUGGAGGGUCGCGGAAGUGCUCGCCGCGAAAGAUCUCCAAGACAGGCAACAUCACACCACAGCCGGGCGAAUUCGGAAGCACCAACGGCACCUCCCCGUGGAAGAUGGCGCCGCCAGAACGACCCGACCCGGCGGGAGGACGUUCACACGACGUCAUCGUCAUCGACAGCAGCGCCGCGUCGGCCGACGAGAGCUACGCAUCGUCCGCUUCGCCCUCCGCCUCUCCCGCCAAGACGAACGGAACGGCAUCCUCUCCGAGACAUUCGAUAUCUGGUGUAGGGUCCAGGCAGACUCCUCCGCCACCAUCUGCCAAGUCUAUGAUUCCCUACCUCGCCGCACCCUACAGGGCCACGAGCUCGGAGAAUCUGACCACAAACGGAACGACGUCGUUAAUUCCUCAACAUCAUCAGCAGCAACAGAUGGCCAAGCAGCAGGCGAUGACCAACGGCAGAGUCCGACAGUCGUCUACUCCGCCUAACCCCAACGCAAGGCGUCGUUCCGUGGACGCCGGACUGGCCACUCUACCCCGAUCGAGGUCUCACAGCAGUGAAGGGAGCAUGACUUCCGACAAGGCGUUCCUCACGCGAGGCGUCCCGGGUCGCUGCUCGUGGAGGAGUCCGCCCCCAGUCCGGACCUCGCCGCGGUCUAACUCUGACGGCAACAAGACGUGGGCCUUCCGGCAGCGCGGUUCUUCCAGACCGGCCUUGACGCCGGACCUCUUCACCGAACCCGGCUCCAAGAGAAGCGCGGUCCACUCGAGCCCGACCAAAUCUCAGCGGCCCAACGUGAUAUCGCCCCUACUGCAGGAGCUGCUGCGCGAAAAAGACCUUGAUUCUGACGACAAGAUCCUGAAGAAGAUGGAGUUCAUCGUCAAUCACUACCGUUCGCGACUUGACAAGGGUGAUUGCGGUGAUGCCAAUGGCACCUCCACCCUCCCUAAAGCCUCCCUUACAGCACCCACGUCACCCGACAGCUUCUGCAGCCCUCCAUGUCGGAGGCGGUGCUCGAAGAUAUCCAUGGCUACUUACUAUGACAGGAACUAAUUCAUACUGUCUCUUUGAGGACUCUUGUGCCGAGUACUGGCAUCUGUCUCGGGGUGUACCGAAAGAUCAUCGGUGCCAUAACAGAUUUGGGGCAGUUCAAAUAAAAAAAAUGUGUGGAUUGCUCAAA